AUGGCCAAUAUGCUUAAAAAUCUACCUUCUAGCCAAGAAGUGCAAUCGAAUUCCUACACUAACACAUAUAAUGCCAGUUGGAGACAACACCCAAAUUUUUCAUGGAAUAGUCCAAGUUUGAAUCCCCCAAUCCAUAAGCAACAAGGAAACCCUAAUUUUCAACAACAGCAACAUGCAAGCAGUUCUAAUUCUCAGAAUCACCAUCACCAGAAUUUUCAAAGUAAUCAACCACCUUUUCAGACCAAACCACCUCCACAGUCCGAAUCAUCAUCUUCCUUGGAAGCAAUGAUAAAAGGACUGGUGGCUCAGUCCCAAGCACAACAACAAAUGAUGACUCAAAAUCAAUCUUUGUUCAAUCAACAAAGUGCUGCCAUCAAAAACCUGGAAACACAAGUUAGCCAACUUGCUCUUAAUCAGAAUAGUAGAGCCCUUGGUACUUUACCUAGUAACAUUGUAGUCCCGAGAGAUCUAGGAAAAAAACACGUGAAGGUAGUGACUCUUAGGAGUGGUAAGGAAUUAACUGAGAUCAUACCAAAAGAAAGUGAACAUGUUGUGUCUAAACCUGAGACUAUACCUAUGGUCCUUGUUACUGAAAGUCCAUCAAAACCUUUGAAUGACCAACCUCCUGAGACCACCACUGUUGUUCCUCCUAAGUCAGACUAUCCUUUGUUAUUCCUAGAAGAAGUUGCUAAGAAAAAGCCAAUUGAGGAUGAGGUUAUAACAUGUCCAAAAACCAAAGUUGUAAUCCCAUUUGAACCUCAAGAAAGUAAGACCAAGACUCUAGGCACUCUGGAUCCAUCUUGCUCAACACGACCUAACAAAGCCAUCAUAAAGCCAAUUCCUCUUUAUGUUCCUUUUCCCCAAAGGUUAAGGAAUCAAAAGGAAGAAUUGCAUUUCAAAAAGUUUUUGGAAGUGUUUAAAGCAUUGCACAUCAACAUACCUCUUGUUAAAGCGAUUGAGCAAAUGCCUAGUUAUGCCAAGUUCCUUAAAGAUAUUUUGAGUAAGAAGAAGAAGUUAACCGAAUAUGAAACCGUAGCUCUUACCGAGGGAUGUGGAAAGGAGAUUGGUAAAGCAUUAUGUGAUCUGGGAGCUAGUAUUAACCUUAUGCCCUUGUCUGUGUUCAACACCCUAGGCAUAGGAGAAGCUAGACCCACCACUGUCACCUUACAAUUGGCCAAUAGAAGCAUUGCUUAUCCAAAAGGUAAGAUUGAGGAUGUCUUAGUUCAGGUUGACAAAUUCAUCUUUCCGGCUGACUUCAUCAUCCUAGAUUUUGAGGCUGAUAAGGAUAUUCCCAUAAUCUUAGAAAGACCUUUCUUAGCCACUGGUGGAACUUUUGAUUGA